AUGAAUUCUUUAGUAAUAGAAGAACGAUUCUCGCGUAUUCGAUUGGAACAACAUACUAAAAUAUUUGCAUCUAUGUGUCCCGAUGAAAUCCUUGAUCAUUAUGACAAUUAUAAAACCAGAGAAUAUCAAACGACGUUGUUACUCGGUGACGUUUCAGGUUUCACAGAUCUCACAGAAAAAUAUACAAAAACUGGUGUCGGCGGUCCAUCCAAAUUGUCGGAAACUUUAAACAGCUACAUCGGUGCGAUGGUGCAAGAAAUUCUCUCACAUAAUGGCGAUGUGGUGAAAUUUUCGGGCGAUGCAUUUAUAGUAAUGUGGAAACUUCAAGAAGGAAUGUUUAUGCGUGAUAUUGCGACAGAAGCAAUGCAAACCGCCUGUGUCAUACAGAAACAUUUCGGAACUUACGAAACCGAUGUCGGUGUAACGCUUAAAGUAAAACUUGCCAUUGCUUCUGGAAAAACGUACUUUACAUCUAUUGGUGAUCCAAAAACGAUGUCGUAUUAUGUUAUUACUGGAAAACCUGUCUGGGAUGUAAAACACGCCGAAACACUAUGUCGGGGAGGCGAUAUUCUAGUGGCACCCAGUAGCUGGCAAUGGGCAAAUCCUAAUGAGUAUAUUCACGAAAAGUUACCGGAUGGCAUACAUACUUUAAUCAUAGCCUGCUCAGCAAUGUGGUAUCAAUCUAAAGCUCAUGAUAUACAGAAUAGCAUUGAAAAUGACAAUAGUUGGAAAGAACAUGAUUUUGAACAAGUCGAUUAUAGUCGUGAGUUUAUAAAGAAUACAAAUGUACAAUAUCCGCGUCAUGCUUUUUUUACAUUAUUUCGAAAUAUGAAGAUCAUUACGAAUUAUGCAGUGAGGCCCAAGGUCAUUAAGGUAGCUAAAGCCCAAUUAAAAGAUUCAUUGAGAAGCUAUAUCCCCAGACCAGUGAUACGAUCUGUAGAAUUGGAUGAACCUAUGGAACAUCUUACAGAAAUGAGACAAGUAGUCAUACUCUUCAUUAAUGUCAUCACAGAUGUAUAUAAGGGAAGAUUGAUCUCGCUCGUUGACACAGCUUAUAAAUUAGUCUGCGAAGUAAUCUCCGAAAUGCAUGGAUGCGUGAACAAGACGUCUCUCUUUGACAAAGAUCUGAUAUUCCUCUGCAUAUUCGGAUUACGAGGUGACAAACAUGAGUUGGAAUCGCAGAUUGGAUUGAGAUGCGCCAGCAGACUGCGGCAAGAUCUUCUAGAGAUGAUGAAUGUAAAAUCAGUGACGAUUGCCGUUACAACUGGAAUGACGUAUUGCGGUGUAAUCGGUCACGUUUUACGAAGGGAGUAUACUGUCAUCGGAAUGUCGGUGAACAAGGCGGCGCGUUUGAUGGUCGCGUACAAUAAUAAAGUGGUGUGCGAUCGUGAAAGUUUCCUGCACUCUCGUCUCGAAGCGAGACAUUUUAUAUUGCAAGAGCCGAGGCAUUUGAAAGGAAUCACGAACAUUGGUCCUGUCUACGAAUUUCAGGAGCAGAUGAAAUUUACUGAUUCUGAAUUAACAUGGAGCAAUUAUCCAUUGCUCGGUCGAGAAAUAGAGAUCAAGAUUUUCCAACAGAUGUUAACGAAUAUGAUAGAAUAUUCUUCCGGAGACAUAACAACAAAGCAUUUAAAACCCGAUUACAACACGCUAGUUAUAAAAGGCGAGCCAAGAAUCGGUAAAACAAGAUUGUUGGAUGAAAUCGCACAGAAUAUUCCCACAAAUAUACCAUAUAAUUAUAUCUCCCUAGUGAUGAGCGACGCUAAGGUUUCUUAUAAUCUAAUCCGCAUGAUCUUCUCCAAGCCACUGAAUUUUCACAUCGCCACUAGUUCCAAAGAACGCGAGGAUAGAUUAGUAUUAGAAUUAGGCCAAUUACGUGAACCAGAGUUUCUUUGCACCCUCAAUCAACCCUUUAAUGUUCGUUUUGCAAUGAGCCCACGUUACAAAGCACUAUCAGUAGACCAGAAACACAAGGUGCUAACUAAGUUUCUGCUGAAGCUGAUAAAACGUUGCUUCACGGAGCUAUGGGUGAUGAUUAUCGAUGAUGCCCAAUACGGGGAUAAUGAAUCCAUGUCAUUGUUUCACACAAUGACUAAGCGGAACAUGCUCUUUUUUGUUCUCAGUAUUGGACAUAAACUAAGCGGAGAAUACGAAGUGCAUCCUGCCAUUUUGGAAAGAGCACGAAUUAUAGAAUUAAGUUACAUAGACAAGUGGUAUCAUGCAGCACUAGCAUGUCAAAUUCUUCAUGUGUACGGAAUUCCUCCUGAACUCGAAAAAUUGAUCCAAGAAAAAAGUUUUGGUAAUCCAGGAUGGAUAGAGAGUUAUUUGAUAAGCCUUACGCAAUCUGGCAGUCUUUUGAUAGUUUACAAACGCAAAACGAUAGCUGAAGAAAUGGGUUAUGUGCUUCCUCCCACUGUUAUGUUGAAAAGAUUUGUUUCAGAAGAUAUUAUGAAGAAAAAUGACAAUAACGAAGAAGAUCGUUCAGACAAAUGGAAGAUGUAUCGGACAAGUUAUCGAAAUGGUCCAAUAUCUUUGUUAACUCUACAAAGAAGUGCUAUCCAUGAACCAGAAGCAAUUGAUGACGAAGAAAAGAUUGCCAUUUGUAAAUUCGCGAAAGAUUUUAUACCAGAGGAAGGAAAUGCUGAAAUGACAAUGGACGUAAUGAUCUUGAAGCUUUUCGACUCAUUAACACCAUUGGAUCAGCUACUACUAAAAUGCGCAUCAGUGUUGGGAGAAAUUAUUAAUAGAGAUAUGCUACGAUAUCUAAUGCAAGAUAAAUCUGCGAGAGAAAUUGGACUCGCCAUUCAGAAACUCUUUGAAAUUCGAAUUUUUGGAUGCGCACGGGGUGAUUUCACUACAAGUGGUAGACCAUUAGUAUUUUAUAGAAAUAUAAAAAGGAUUAGCAUUGAGCCCGAAAUUACAUGCGAUUGUAUAGGUCUCAUAAUACGAGAUGAACUAGCUGACCUACCACGAUAUGCAUCUUGCGGUUUGAUACGUUUCAAAAUGUCAAUGUUUCGCGAAACUACGUACAGAUCACUCACGGAAAAUCAAAAGAUAGAACUGCACAGUAAAGCAUUAAAAUAUCUUCAACAACAUACCAGACGAUGUAUGGCAUGUGGCGAGUUAAAUUUUGCAAGAUUAUUAGGCAAAACAACCGUCCAAAAAAUUAAAAAGAGAAAGGCAACUAUCGAACUUCCUGAAACGUAUCAACUUGAAGAAGUAACUUACACUCUCAAAGAAGAGGCAAAUAACGAUAUGCAACAAGAAGAAACACCGAUUUGUCUCAAUAUUUUACGGAAAAUCAGGAAGCCAAUCAAGACCUUCUCCAAUGUUGAUUUCGCCAACUGCCAAUGCCACCUUAUAUUAAUAACUGUUUAUGCGCAAAUGUUGGAUCACUGUCAAGGAAUCGGAAAGCCAGACAUAAUCUUGAUAGCAAUUUUGGAAUUUGUGGAAAUUUGUUUGGUAGAUAACAAUGUGCCUCAAGCUCGCAGACUUCUGAAUGAUGCUGAAGUUGUGCUUCAGCAAAUGUCCGAAGUUCAUAAAGAAGAAUCAAUAUUCCUAUCUUAUAUCACCGCAAAAAUCCGAACGCUUCAAGGUAGAUGCCAUCUAGAAAGUGGUCUACUUUCCGAAGCGAGGAAAAAACUGAACGAAGCAAUAAACAGUUUGGGUUAUUAUUUUCCACAACACAAAUUCUCGAUUAAUGUGAAGUCGACGAUUCAACUCGAGUUGUUAAGAUGGAAAUUAAUUUGUCCCAAAACCGACACCACCGAUGAACUUACUACGAAUUAUAUCGAGCAAUUGGCUACUUGCUUAGCUUUAAUGUUUGAAGUUUUUAGGGUAAAGAUCGGAACAAGAGGAAUGAAGAAACAUGCACGAUUAGCAGCUAUAUGGAGCUUGAAUGCUGCGUUAGAUUCGUCGAGAGAUUUUCUCACGCUCUGCACAUCGUUUACGAAUAUGAUGAUUACUACGCACGUCUAUCAAAAAAGGUCAGUUACUUCUUAUUUAGAAAAACAGGCUCUCUACAUAUGUGCAACAAAAGGGGAUUUUCUCGAAUUCCAAGAGCUCGAAGGCAUCGCCGAGCUUUAUGCUGGAAUAUUUUUCUCACGAUGGUUGAGAGGAGAGAUUACAAAAGCUAUCAGAAUCGGCUUUAUUGUGACAAGGAUGGCGCAAACCAUGAAUUCCAUAUUUCUUAAAACGCUCGUACUACCUAGAUUAGCGUAUUUGCUUAUGAUUUCUCGUCGUCAUUCUGAAGUGGUAGUUUUGUUGAGAGAAUUGGAAUUCGCAUCGCAAAAUGACUUGGAGAAAUCGAGCCGCACAUGGUACUAUGCUACUUGCGCCGACGUGCAACUCGACACAGGCAUCACGAUUCUGUCAUUUCGAAAUUGCGAACAAUAUUAUCUUAAGGAAGGGGAAUCUAUAAUCAGCCUGCACGAUCCCGAAGCGGAGAGACGAUAUUUUACCUCCAUGUGGCUAUGGUGUAUCAGAGCGCAGCAGUGGGACGCUGUGAAAGUUUGGAACAGCAGGAAUGUGACAGCCGAGAGCGUGGUGGACGAGCACAAGGUGGCGGCGACGAUUACCGCGUUGAAGAAACUCGAGGGGCUGCUACUUUUGUACGUGCGGGAAAUUACUAACAGGAACAUCAACGCGAUAAGUACAAUGGCAGAAAUUAAAAAUAAACUCAGACAAAUUGAGAAAAUGAUAGAAGUUGUAAAAAUUGCAAUUCCCAGAUAUAUGUUAAUGAAAGCUUACUAUUAUAUGAUCCAAUCGCGAAAAAGUGCUGCGGUAAAUAUGUUACGACAAACGAAGAAAUUAUCUAUGAAGGUAGAUAACAGAAUGAUUUAUACAUGGGCAAAUCAUUGUCAACAGGAUUGGUUGGGCGCCAUGUCUUCAGUACAGGAAGAUUUGUGGAAAGAGAAAACUAUUGAAUUAGAUUAUGAACAGGACGAAGUAAAUGCUAACGAUUCGACAAUGAUACCUUUUACAUUUCCCUUGCCAAAAUAUCUUUUAUGA